CACACAGGCCUAUGAAGCUGCGCGUGCACGAGGUGACGGUGGGCGGCGGAGGGUGGCGAUGCGUUGCGGUGUGCUGUGCGACGACGGUCCCGCGACAACACGGUGUAACAACGCGGUGUACGACAUGUUUCACCGGCGAUGCGGCCAUCGCGUCACCCUCACCAACAACAACCGCACCGCCACGCGCAACUUCUCCGAGUACAAUUAUGGCUUGGUGUUUAGCGCCGAGCCGCUCAAGGAUGACGUGCUGUUUGAAGUCACCAUCGACAAGAAGAUGAUAUCAUGGAGCGGCAGCAUAGAAAUCGGAGUAGUAGAAUGCGAUCCGGAAACCAUAGAACUGCCAUCCUGUGCGAUGAAUCUCCGUCAUGGAUCUUGGAUCAUGACUGGAUCUGGUAUAUUUUGUGAUGGAGAUCGAAUUCUGGAGAUGUAUGGAAUGGAUCUUAACGAUCUUGAGGAAGGAAAUACUUUGGGAGUAAUGCGAACAUCCAACCAUGAGUUGGUAUUCUACAUCAAUGGUGUUUCGCAAGGCAUCGCAAUCAGCAAUGUUCCAGAACGUAUCUUUGCUGUUAUCGAUAUGUAUGGUGAUUGUGUGCAAGUCAGUGUCACACACCCCAGACUUCCCACUCUGCCUAAUGAACCAAAAGAAGAAGUCGAGAUUAACAAUGACCAUGCUAUAGGGGAAACUUCCAGUUCCUCGACAACAAAUCUAGUCGCUAAUUUAAACGUUAAUUUAAGUGUCAAUGUGAAUGUUAAUUUACCGAAGAAUCCAAGUCCUGCCGCUAUAAGGGAAGACAGGUUGAAGUUUCAUGAGAGAGUCGGAUCGUUGGUUAAGCUGUCCAAUAACGCUAGAACUGCCGAGAGGCGGAGGCCGCUCGAUGAGUUCAACAAUGGUGUUGUAAUGACUCACAGGCCCUUGCGAGAUAACGAACUGUUUGAGAUACGAAUAGACAGGCUAGUUUACAAAUGGUCGGGAAGCAUAGAAGUCGGUGUCACCACUCAUAGUCCUACGGCGUUGGAGUUUCCAGCCACGAUGACCAAUAUGCGCUCCGGCACGACGAUGAUGUCCGGUUGUGGUAUUUUAACAAAUGGCAAAGGCACGCAACGCGAAUACGGAGAAUUUAACUUGGACGAGUUGAGGGAAGGAGACCGAGUAGGGAUGAUAAGACGGAGUAAUGGGAAUCUUCACUAUUUAAUAAACGGUCUGGAUCAAGGAAUCGCUGCUAAAGUACCCGCGGCAGUGUGGGGUGUGAUUGAUCUUUAUGGAAUGACUGUGAAAGUAACUAUCGUCGAUCGUGACGAAAGGGAAGAACAGAACCUAGUUACUAGGAGAAAUACACUGCAGUUGCAGGGUCUAGAUAGUGAAGAUGUUGGAGAAGAAGAACCACCCGAUAGAUUAAUGUUUCAUACCUGUUGUGGUACACAUGCCGACGUGAUCAACAAUGGACGUACAGCGCACAGGCCUAACGCUAUAGACGAUUUCAACAACGGCGUCGUAUUAACUUCGAGACCGUUGAAGCCCAACGAGUUGUUUGAAGUCAGAUUGGAUAAAAUCGUCACAAAGUGGGCCGGUUCCAUCGAGAUUGGUGUUACAACGCAUUCGCCGACAGAACUGGAGUUCCCUUUCACCAUGACCAAUGUCAGAUCUGGCACGUGGAUGAUGACGGGAAACGGUGUGAUGCACAACGGCACCACCAUGAUAGAUCAAUACGGACAAAAUCUGGAUCGCCUGCAGGUCGGCGAUCGCGUAGGGGUAAUGAGGAAGGACACCGCAAUGUUGCAUUUCUUUGUGAACGGCGCCGAUCAGGGAGUGGCUGCGAUGGGUGUGCCCGAGAAAGUGUACGGCGUGAUCGACCUCUACGGGCAGGCUGCUCAAGCUACGAUAGUCGACAAUGUGGAUUUUUACAGUCCAACCACCAAUAAUUCAAGCUUCAGCAACACGACGUUGUACAGUGAUCUGCGGUUCCAUCACGUCCACGGUAGAAAUGCGAGAAUCACGAACAACGGCCUGACGGCAUCCAGACCACGAGCUCUGGGCGAAUUUAACGAAGCCAUCGUGAUCGCCAACCGCGCGCUACGCGACGGUGAAUUGUUCGAAGUGACGAUAGAUAAGAUGGUCGCUAGAUGGUCCGGAGCUAUCGAAGCAGGUGUUACUGUGAUAAGGCCAGAUGAAUUGGAGUUUCCGUCUACAAUGACGGACAUCGAUCACGAUACGUGGAUGCUAUCCGGAUCGACGGUAAUGCGUGACGGAGUGACGUUACGGCAUAAUUAUACCUGCGAUCUGGACAAAUUGGUGGAGGGGAAUCGUAUCGGGAUGAUGCGGUGUUCAGACUCUAGUUUACAUUAUUACCUGGACGGGGUGGACCAGGGCGCCGCUUGCACGGGUCUACCGGCAAACGUUUACCCAGUGAUCGAUCUGUAUGGUCAAUGCGCUCAGGUGACGAUAGUGUUGCCGGAGCGCAGAGAUCCGCUCACGCAACAAUACUUGCCAUCGGAGAACAGUACUAGUCAACAGCCGACUUCGGUCAUUCAACCUCAGGCGCAAACGGAGACAUUGCACAAGUUUCACGAGUCGGUUGGACUAAAUAUACAAUUAAAUAGCGAUAGAACGGUGGCGACUAGAUGUAGGGAGUACAACAACGCCGUGCUGCUGAGCGAGACUGCGCUCGAGAAUAACGAAAUGUUCGAGAUCGCGAUACAGGAGGUCGCGCGCGAGUGGAGCGGUUGUUUGAGGAUAGGUGUCUUGAGCAACGAGACGGGGAACUGGCUGACGUCGAUGAACCUCGUGCCCGGCAUGACGUCCAUUCCGAAUGACGCCUGGUACUUGACCGGCAACGAGGUGAGGCACACCGGUUUCGUGUUAGCCUCCAACUACUGCCCGAGCCUGGACUGGUUGCGGGUCGGCGAUAAGAUCGGCAUGAAGCGUACGCACGAGGGUAACCUCAAGUUCUACGUCAACAGCGAGGAUAUGGGCGUGGCGGCGUCCAACGUGCCGGAGAUGGUGUACGCGGCGAUCGAGCUCUUCGGUAGCACCGUGGCGGUGAACAUCACCAGCAGCAAGCAGCAAAACACUGCGAUAUCACCGAACGCUAGUCUUCGACUGCAAGAUUCGCUGGAACUACUACUGGACCCGAUGCCACCUGUGCUGAGGAACGACGCGGGGAUGGACACGUCGAUGGACACGUCCGAGGGCAAAUUGAUCAACGAAGCGACGCUCACGCCCACACAGCCGUCCGCUGUCGUCCCGCUUGUCGACGGCGAUUGGAGCUACGAGUUCCACGAGAAUCACGGCAGAAACAUCCAGCUGGAGACGAAGACGAUCGCCAGAAGGGUAGCCAGUUACAAUCAGGGCGUGGUGAUGUCCAGCCGACCGCUGAUAAAGGGCAAGCCGUUCCAGGUGAGGAUAGAGAGGCUGAACGAACGUUGGGUAUCGAGUAUCCUUUGCGGCGUGUCCUGCAUCUCGCCGGAGAAGGCUACGAGCUUCCCGUUGACCGCGCUCGGCUUCAAGAGACACUCGUGGAUCAUUUGCAGCGACUGGAUAUCCCAUAACGGCAUGCGAGUAAAGACCAAGUACGGUAGCGGCUUGGAGAACCUUCAGUGCAACUCUGUCGUGGGCUUACUAAUCGACGAGGACAGCCGGCUUCACCUGUUCGUAAACGGCGCGGAUCAAGGAGUGGCCGCGACCGACUUACCGGCGUACGUUUAUGCGGUGUUCGAUCUGUACGGUCAGUGCGAGCAGGUGUCCAUCGCGGCAGUCGACGAGGAGUCUGCUUACGCAAACGUCGCCGUCGACAACGCGCUCGCGGCUCCCGCGGAGUGUGGAAGCGCCGCGGAGGCGGAGGACGUGGAGAAUUCGCGGGAGAAGGCCGACCUGGAGUGCCACGAGAAAGAGAACGCGAUGCCGACCACUUCGUCGGAUCUCUCUCCGUCCUCUACGUCGCCGAGCGGGCCGAGCCAGUACGCCUCGGCCACCAAAGACGGCAAUCUCGCCGAGUACUCGGCCUACAGCAACGCGAACCUCACGGACAACAGCACGGAGAACAAGCCGGCGUCGAGCGUCUGCGACAGCAACAACUCGGACUCGGGCUCGGAGCUGAGCAACGAUACGCGCAGCGACAAGAACAAAACGACUCGGUAUUCGGACAACGCCGGGAACAACUCGAGCGAGUCGCAUCUCGACGCGGGCAAUCGCGCGAUCGCCGGCGUCUUAAGUAUUAAGAACGAAUGUACAAAUGUAGAGAUUAACAACGCGACUAACAUUAACAUUAAGAACGGCAUGGUCGCCAGCGCCAGCAACAUGAGCAGCCUGAACGCGGCGAUCACCUCGACGAACGCCAACAACGCGAUUAACGAAAGCAUAGCGUCCAAUAGUCAGGUCAGUAGCAUUAGCACCGCGCAGCAGAACAAUCCGCCUACGGGCAACCAAAUGCAGAGCAUGAGCACGUCGCACAGCGGCGCGUUCUCCUGCCAGAAUGCCCCGCCGAACAACAUGACCGUCGCGAGCAGUCCCCCCAACAACGACGGCGCCGGCGCCGGCGGCGGCUACCUGUGGUCGCGCACCGUCAGCCGCGACAACUCCUUCAUCGGCAACAUAUUUCCGAGCCAGAACACAACAGCGCCCUCGAUACCGCUGAUGCCGUCGUUACCGUCCACUCCGCUCGGCUCGUCCGUCGCGUCGUCGAAGAAGUGCGACUACUUGAAGGCCUGCAUGCAGCUGAAGAAGUCGCUCGUGCUGCCGGACGAGUUCUUCUCCGCCGACGAGGUCUUGUGCUACUGCAGCGCGUGUUACAAGGUGGACGGCGAUAACGCGAUCUGCAAGAAGGGCGAGCCACCGGCGGAGUUUGCGAUACCGGUCGGCUGGGCCAGGUUCCCGUUGAAGCAGUGCAUCAAUGCCAAUCAGAUCCCGCAGAGCACCACCGACAAGUGGCAUGUCGCGUUCUACGGCAUACGCUUGGACGCGAUCAGAUUGAUCUUGGACAGAGGAGAGCUUAUGACCAAAGAGCAACUAGACAUGAGUAAUUUGGCGAUGAGUAUAAAGAGCGAGGAUCAGAAUCCGCAAGUGUCGUUCUCGCCCAGUAUCAAGUACGCGGUAUCCGACGAAUUCACCAGAAAAUAUCCAUAUAUCGAUACGCAGUCGAAUAAGAAGCUGAACGUAUCGACCGCGUUCCAGUUGCUGGUAAGGCCAGGUUCGUAUACGAUCAGUCCCGGCGACAAGGACAGCAUCGAUCUGCACUGCGAGUCCUGCAAAUGGGCCACCAAGGAAGCCGGGGCCACGGUGAUCGUCGCUCUGCUCGUUCACCUUGACGGAUUUUAAUUCGCGUCCGUUGAUGAAAGUGCUGCGAGUCCGUCUCCACGUCGCGUCUCUGUCUGCAUGAAGAGAAGAGUACACCGCACGCGAUGGUGACUGUGAGUGAUUGUGUGUGUGUGUGUGUGUGUGUGUGUGUG